AAAAACCGCUAUCCUCUUCAGUUUGUAGCCUUUGUGUAGACUUUAGGAGUAUUUUACUUAUAUAAUACGGAUUCAAAUAGGUGGUACAUCGGUAGGCAUGUCAAUGCUAGUCUUUUGUGACUCAAUGUAGAUUAGAUUUUGAAGCCAUUUGGAUAAAAAAUAAAAAUUUCUGAAUUUAAUUUAAGCUAGAUGAUCUCGGCUUGGUCCUCCAUAUGAAGAUGUUUCAGAGUAAUGUGGUUGUGCCAUAGAGGAGCGUAAAAUUACUGUUGUUUCUUUAGGAAAAGUUGGUGUUUUCUUUUUUUUUUUUUUUUUGGGUACUGUUUCAGAGAUUAAUCUUCAGGGACAAAGGAAGUUUCGGUCACCUGCUUAUCGACUUGAAGAUAAUAUUAAGGAGCGCCAAAUAUGUUAUUGUUAGAGGUCAAAUGCCAUGUGGUGAGCACAGAUGUGAGCACAUGGCUUCUCUAAUAUCCAUGCUCUAAGACUGUUAAUCAAUACUGCAAAACCUGGGGUUUUGUGCUUUUUUUCAAGAGAAUCAGUUGCAGAGGAACACCACCUGAUUGUGGUUAGCUGAGGAGGAAAAUAAAAAACCUGUUUAUUAGGAGCAAGGGGCACUUGAGAACUGUGAGUCUGUAGAGAAGUGAGAAGCAAGCGUGUAAUUCUCAUCAGGUUGAUAUAAGAAGAAAAUAUUAAAAUCUUUUUCUUUUAGUUCUUGAUCACUUGCUUCAUUUUUGCAAACCAGUUCAGGUAUUAUCUGCUCCUCAAAUCUAUAAUCACAGUACAGCUCUCAUUGAUUCAUUUCUUCUUGUUCAUACUUGCUUUGGCAGUCAUAUUUUAUAAUCUGCAAUCUUUCUUCAAUCCUCAUAUUCAAAACCUUCUUCUUUUAGCAGUCUGUCUUCUUUGAUUUCAACGGCACUGGUGAGGCUUAAGACUACUGUCAUGCUCUCUAAGUUCCACUAUAUUCUCCCAAUCUAUCAGCUAGCAGACUCAUUUUUCAGCACUGGAGCUAGAAUUGAUAAACUGCUUUUCUGCUACGUUUUUUUCGUGGAUCUAGAUCAUAUAUAGUUUCAUUUCUCAUAUCUCUCCCCAUAAAGAUCAGCUUUUUUCCAUCCGUCUAUUAAUCUAUCUCCCAUUAAUCUCGUUAAUUUGCAUAUCUUACAGUGUCAAUUUAUAGAGGUGCAAAUUAUCUUCUUUGUAAAUUCUUUCUGAUGAAAUAAGCUGAACAAGGAGCUCCUUAAGUUCAUGAAGUUGCAAAACAAAGUCUUGGAACAAAUGGCUUCUCCUUUGUGUUUCUUCAAAAUAUUCUCACUUGUACUACCUUUGAUGUUUGCUCUUGCUCCAGUAUUGAUUCUUGCUGGUUUUCUUGGAUAUGGGCUCUUGUCAAUCUUUCUCACAUCAACAGCGUUAAUUUUAUCUAGUCUUAUCUUGACUUUCUCAAAGCAAAAACAAACACAAGUGCAGAAAUCAGUGACAGAUGAGAUUGUCAUGCCAGAUCAGGCAAGCACUUCACCUUACAUAAAAGAUGUUAUAUCUAAACCACUUGUGCUCGAAAAGGAAUUCAUCGCAGAAGAAGAAGAAGAAGAUGAUGAAGAAGGAGGAGGAGGAGGAGGUCAGGUUGAUGCGUAUUUGGUUAGAUCAUCUCAAGUUAUAACAUCAGAAAGUGACUGUCUUGGUCGCUCAUCAACUAGUGAGGACUCAGAAGUGGAAUGGCUGUUCCAAGACAAAAUGUUUCAGAGCCGAGAUUGCUCUGACGGAUCUAUUUCUGACGAGGAUAGCCUCAUUGAAAUCUCCCUUCCAGGUGGACAUUACAUUUGUGAUCAUGAGGAAGAUGAGGUCAACUAUAAUCUGCAGAAAAAAUUGCCAGAUUUUGCACCAGGAUCAUUUUUCAAACAGCACGGUCUAAUGGAGCUUCUGGCAGAACUAAAUGAGAUGAACGAGGAAGAAAAUUUGAUUGAGAUAGACAUAUCAAUGGGCUCCAUCAAGUGUCCAAGGUUUGAGAUUGAAGCUUGAGUUGAAUAUUAAUGAACUUUUUACAGUUGUUAUAUACUAAUUAAGUUUUUGAUCCUUCUGGAUUUGGAGUUAAGACUUGGUGCUCAUCUCUUGCUGUAUAAUGUUUGUGAUGAACUGUGAAUUAGCUCCUGAUCUUUUGAUAAUUAAUCUUGCACUUACUUUUAGCACUUUGGAUACCAUUAAAGCACUUUGUAUCCAGGCCUUUGUUUUCUCUUAAUGCGCAUUAAAGUAUUAAAAGGUUGAAGGCUAUGGCAAA